UAACGUGAAGAAGCCAUGAUCAUGUUCCUCUUCCUCCACCUCCACCUCCUCAUCCACCAGAUACACUGAAGACUUUCCCUUUUACAUACACCAGCCAUGCAAUAGAUACACAGUCCUACGUGUAGUGUUGUCUUCCUGUCCCGCCACUAACACAUACACACACACACACGCACGCACACACACACACACACACACACACACACACACAUACACACACACCACCACCAUGCAGGCGGCGAGCACGGGAGCAGCUGAUACCGACGCUGCUGUAAACAGUAGCAGCAGCAGCAGCACCGCAGACAUCGACGACAGCGACGGGGCAGGGGAGAGGAUGGAGAGGACGGUGCCAAGCGAGCAGCAGGACAGAACCAACAACCUGCAGCAGCUUCAGCAGCAGCAGCCAACGUCCUUAACGCCGUCCGGAGUGCUCGAUAAACUGUUUGGGAAGCGUCUCCUGCAGGCCAGACACUACAUUAUGUCCCGGAAGUCCUGGUUGAAGAUGGUGCCCACUGAAAACUGCGAUAUCCUGAUGACAUUCCCAGAUACCAUAGAUGACCACACUCUGCUGUGGCUCCUGAAUCAGAUCCGUCUUGGAAUCCCACAAGUCAGCAUGCAGGUCCGACAGCACAAACACGCCCAGACACACGCCUUCUUCAUCACAACAACCUUUGAGAACUUACUGCGGGGGGCCGAGCAGAUGGGCAUGUACAAGGCUGUCAAACCGCAAUUUGGCGGAGGGAUGCGCCGCUUCUCCUGCGAGGAAGACAACAUCUAUGAGAACAUAGAGAGUGAGCUCUGCUUCUUCACCUCACAGGAGCGUCAGAGCAUCAUUAAGUACUGGCUUGACAACCUGCGAGCCAAACAAGGGGAGGUGCUUCACAACAUUCACUUCCUGGAGGGACAGCCAAUCAUACCAGAGCUGGUGGCUCGAGGCGUGAUUCAUCAGAUGUUUCCUCUGCAUGAACAAAGAAUCCUGAACCAGCUGAUGACAUCCUGGGUCCAGGCUGUGUGUGAGAGGCAGCCUCUGGAUGACAUCUGUGACUACUUUGGAGUGAAGAUCGGCAUGUAUUUUGCUUGGCUGGGUUUCUACACAAAUUCCAUGCUUUACCCUGCUGUCAUUGGCUUUCUGCUCUGGAUACUUGCAGAGGCCGACCAGACCAGUCAGGAUAUCUGCUGCGUGGUUUUCGCCCUCUUCAAUGUAGUGUGGGCGACACUGUUUCUGGAGCGCUGGAAGAGGCGAGAGGCAGAGCUUGCUUACAGGUGGGGGACCCUGGACACCCCCGCUGAGUCCUUAGAGGAGCCAAGACCACAGUUCAGGGGAGUGAAGCGCUGCAGUCCCAUAACAGGCUGUGAGGAGUUCUACUACCCGCCCUGGAAAAGAGCUCUGUUCAGAUGGCUGGUCAGCCUGCCCAUCUGCCUCCUCUGCCUCUGCUUUGUCUUCCUGGCUAUGCUCCUCUGCCUGGAACUGCAGGAAGUAGUGAUGGAGAUCCAGGAGCUACCUGGUAUCACAAGAUUUAUUCCUAAGAUACUCUUGGCCCUUACUGUGACUGUAUGUGACGAGGUGUAUAAGAAGAUCGCCUACUGGCUCAAUGACAUGGAGAACUACAGACUUCAGAGUGCCUAUGAGAAUAAUCUCAUCAUCAAGAUGGUUUUUUUUGAAUUCAUCAAUUCUUACCUAAGCCUUUUCUACAUCGGAUUCUACCUCAAGGACAUGGAGCGGCUAAAAGAGAUGCUAGCCACCCUGCUGAUCUUCCGCCAGUUCCUACAGAACAUCAAAGAGGUCCUCCAGCCUUAUCUCUAUGAGCAAAACAAGCUGGGUGUCUUCACCCCUAAGGUGCUGUGGGAGCUUCUCCAAGCCAUCACGGUCAAAUAUGGCCGUCUGGCUCUCGGAAAGGCUCAAGCCUCAAUGACGGCCUAUUCCUUCCUGGGUGCCAAAGGCAUCCCUGUCAGUCACACUGCUAACGGUAAUCCUGAGCCAAGGAGGCGAGGCGAUCUGAAAGCAGGCUUUAGGCUGUCAGAGGAAGAGUGGGACAUGAGUGACAGCAAUCUGAAGCAGCGUAAAGUCAGCUUUACUGAGAAGGUUGACUACCAGGAUGUGACAACAGAAACGCAGCCUGUGUUUGACAGCUUCUUGGAGGACAGUCCGACACUGGUAGAGGAAGGGAUGGACCCAUCCAGUAUUUUUGACAGCUGUGAUGAUGACAGUGAUUGUGAAUCGGAAUCUGAAUCUCUCUGUCAGAGAAGAAAGAACGCAGGUGAAGGGAAAGAGGAGAAGAAGUCGUGGAUCGAUCCUCCAGAAGAAGCUAAAACUGUGUCGCUGACCCAGGCUGAGAUUGAGAGCUGUAUGCAAACCUACGAGGACACACUCCAGGACUACCAGGAGAUGUUCAUCCAGUUUGGCUAUGUGGUGCUCUUCUCCUCUGCGUUCCCCCUGGCGGCCAUGUGCGCUCUUAUCAACAACAUCAUUGAAAUCCGCAGCGACGCAUUGAAGCUCUGCACCGGCCUGCAGAGACCUUUUGGGCAGAGAGUGGAGAACAUUGGACAGUGGCAGACAGCGAUGGAGGCCAUGGGUUUGAUUGCAAUUAUAGUAAACUGUUACCUGAUUGGUCAGUGUGGUCAACUGCAGCGUCUGUUUCCCUGGUUGAGUCCUGAGAUGACAAUCAUCUCCAUCGUGUUACUGGAGCACUUUGCAAUCCUCCUAAAGUACAUCAUCCAUGUAGCCAUCCCUGAUAUCCCUGGCUGGGUUGCAGAAGAGAUGGCCAAGCUAGAAUACAGACGAAGGGAAGCUUUCAAGAAACACGAGCAACAAGCCCAGCAGCAUUUCCAGCAGCAGCUCAGGCGCCGCCGUGAAGAAGAGGAGCUCCAGCGUCAGGCUGAGCUACAGGCAGAGGCCCGCCAGGAGAGCGACCUGCACAAAGCAGACUCCCAGCAUCAGCACCACCAUGACAAAACAUCAGGGGGCAAGCAAGGUGACAAGCCCAAGAGGCCAAGCUCCCUGCUGGGAAACAACAACGUGAUGAAACUAAAGCAGAUCAUCCCUCUGCAGGGGAAAUUCUCCUCAGGGAGCUCACGCUCACCAGCUCAAUCUCCCACAGGAGGAGAGGCAAAGCUGCCAGGGUUUCUAAAGUUCUUAAAGUCACCUGAGUUGAAAAAGGAGCCCGCAGUGGCAGCUGGAGCAACGCCAGGGUCAACAGUGGCCUCAUCAACGCCCCCUGGUGGCCAGGAGAGAUCACAGUCCCCAAAUAGGACAUUCAGUCCAGGGAAACUGUUCAGUUUUAGCAAAUCAGAGGGGACUGUAGUGUGUGUGAACGGGACACAAACAGCAAGUCAGCCUGCUAAUACUCCGACAAACAGAGCUGAGCUAAACUCAAGCCAGGAGGAAUUACCGUCCAACGAGUCAGAGAAAGGAGAAUCAAGACAGCUGACUGAUUCUGAAAACUCCAAGAGUUAAUAAACAUUCAACAUUACCAAUGUAAUUUAAUGAACUGAGAGCAAUGUAAACAGACAGCGAUACACCUGUACUGUAGGAGAACACUUUAGUCACAGGGACCACAUGUAAGGUCAGCGAGCGGUAGACUUUCACUCUUGAUGCAACUUGCUCUGCACAAAGUAUUCUACUGUAUCUAUUAACACUUGAUUAUCCAGCUUCUAUCUAAAAUAUGUACAGUACAUGUAACUCUAUGUAUGGGGCUUGAUUGUACGGUGAUGAUAAUGCAUGACUGCUUGGUUUUUAACGGCACCUGAACAGAUACCACCGAUGUAAAGGCUUGUUUUCUAAAAAAAAAGAGACAGGACUCCAGCAUCAACGACGUGAAGAGCAGCUUCCCCUUCCCUCUCUGUUUCUUGUUCUGAUGCCUGAUGUCUCUAGUGCAUGCUGCGUCACGUGCAUGCAUCACACGUCCAUCACCUCUUUUCAGUUGUGAAGCACUUUUGAAGCCAUUGUAUUCUUCUGCAAUAGGUCAGAUUAUAUUCACUGUGACCAUAAAAAAAUCUAUUUUUCUUAACUUUGAUUUUCUAUGAAUUAUUUUAAUACAUAAAUUAGUGAAUGUAAUUCUAAAAUGCAAAUAAACAUCACUUGAAUAAAUAUC